GCAUUACGCCAUAAUGAAGGCGAAGAGACACCACUUCAACAGAAGUUAAACCGUCUUGCAGAAUCAAUAGCACGAUUAGGCAUUGCUGUUGCACUACUUAUGUUUAUUACACUAGUCGUUAAAUAUUUUAUUACUGCGGCUAUUUCUGACAAUUUUCCUUCAUUUGAAGAGAUAAUGGUCGCCAUGACUGCUAUUAUUGUUCAAACAAUUACUAUUAUCGUUGUCGCUGUACCAGAGGGUUUGCCCAUGGCUGUAACACUUGCACUUGCUUACGCAACCACCAAGAUGUUGAAAGAUAAUAAUUUGGUCCGAGUUUUAGCUGCUUGGUAUAUACUACAUGAUGUUUUAUGUUCGGAUAAGACUGGUACAUUGACUCAAAACAAAAUGACAGUGGUGAAAGGAUUUCUUAGUCAGGAAAAGUUCGAGAGUCAUGAUGAUAUUCAACAAUGGAGAGAGAAAAUUAAUCAAAAGAUAUACGAUAUUAUUACACAAGGCAUAAUUGUUAAUUCUACAGCGUUUGAAGAUAAAGACGAAAAGGCCCAAUUGAAUUUUGUUGG